AUGAUAAUUAAAGAUAUAUAUUUAUAUAUAAUUGGUGUUUUAAUUAUGAUUAUUGGGGUAAUAGUAGGAGUUGCUUUUUUAACUUUAUUAGAACGUCAAGCUUUAGGAUAUAUUCAAAUUCGAAAAGGUCCUAAUAAGGUUGGUUAUAUAGGAAUUUUACAGCCUUUUGCUGAUGUUGUAAAGUUAUUUAAUAAGGAACAGACUUUUCCGAGUUAUUCUAAUUAUAUGGUUUAUUAUUUUUCUCCAGUAGUUAGACUUAUUGUUAUUUUAAUAUCUUGAUUAUUAAUUCCUUAUUAUUUUAAUUUAAUUAGAUUUAAUUUAGGGAUUUUAUUUUUCUUAUGUUGUACAAGAAUUGGAGUAUUUACGGUAAUAGUUGCAGGGUGAUCUUCAAAUUCUAAUUAUGCUUUAUUAGGGGGAUUACGAGCUGUAGCUCAAACUAUUUCUUAUGAAGUUAGAUUAGCUUUAAUUAUAUUAUCAAGAAUUAUUAUAAUUAUAAAUUUUAAUAUAAUUAAUUUUUUUUUUUAUCAAGAAGUUAUUUGAUUUUUUUUUUUAAUAAUACCUUUAAGUUUAUGUUGAUUAUCUUCUAGAUUAGCUGAAACUAAUCGAACUCCAUUUGAUUUUGCGGAAGGUGAAAGAGAGUUAGUAUCUGGAUUUAAUGUUGAAUAUAGAAGAGGGGGUUUUACUUUAAUUUUUUUAUCUGAAUACGCUAGAAUUCUUUUUAUAAGUUUAUUAUUUAUUUUAUUAUAUAUAGGAGGUUAUAGAUUAAGAUUAAUUUUUUAUAUAAAAUUAUCAUUUAUUUCUUUUGUAUUUAUUUGAAUUCGAGGUACUUUACCUCGUUAUCGAUAUGAUAAAUUAAUAUAUUUAUCUUGAAAAAGAUAUUUACCAGUUUCAUUAAAUUUUUUAUUAUUUUUUUUAGGAUUAAAAAUUUUUUUUUAA